GACAAGUAUCAGUUACUUUUGGAACUAACAACAACAACACAGACCACAAUGUACAAGCUGGUGGUGUUGUCUGUACUAGCGGUAGCGUCCGCUAGCCCCAACGGUUAUUGGGGAGCUGGUCUGGUGACCCCAUGGGGGUCCUGGGGUGCACCCUUGGCAGGAGUCGCCGCACCAUUGGCAUCACCCAUCUACGCUCCAGUCGGAGUGCCCGCCGGACCUUUACCUCCUGUCGGCGCACCUAACUACAGAGGCCCCCUGUCCCUCGCUCCCGGCCAGCCUGCCAACAUCCUCGCUGCUGACGGCAGGCCUCUGGAUACCCUCGACGUAAACCUGGACCGUGCUGUCCACUACACCGCGAGAGCUGUAGAACAAAAUGGCCGCCGUCUGCAAAAGAGAUCAGUUGGAGCUUUGGCCGCUGCUAACUUGGCUGGUGUUCGUUUGGCUACUGGUGCUCUAGCUGGACCUCUGGGCGCUGGAGGUUUCGCCGCUGGACCGCUGGGUGCGGGGACUUUCGCCGCUGGACCUCUAGGCGCUGGAGCUUUUGCCGCUGGACCGUUGGGUGCUAGAGGUUUGGUUGCUGCUCCGGUGUCCGCUACUCUUCUGACCCCGGGUCGCUCGUGGGUUGGCUCUCCCAUCGCUGUCGCUGCUCCCGUCUUAGGACUGGGGGUAGGUGCUGGUGUUGGAAAUGGUUUCUAAAUGACGACAAAGCUGUUCACGAUAUUCAGACUAAUGCAAUAAUAAAAAGAGAGUUACAUUAUUAUUAUUUAGUUUUAUUAAUAUUCACUCACGUAGUUCCCAUGGUAGGUACUGAUAAAAUCCCUUUCCUUUCAAAUGGUAAAGUAAUUUUUUGGAAAAGUAUUUUCAAUGCCAAUAUACAGUGAAAUCUUUCAUAUUUAUAAUAAUAAUAUAGAUAGGUAAAUACCUAAAAUGACAGUCGUUCUUGGUGAUAAGCGAAGAUAUAGCUUACAGGUGAAUGCGUUAGUAUACUGUCUAUUCGCUCUUGACUUCCAUCCACGUAAUAACAAACCUUAACACAACAACAAUAAUAUGUUAAAAAUUUAUUAAAUCCAUAUUGAUUUCCAGAUUAAAAAUACACUUACUGUUAAUAAUUAUGUACUUGAAAUAGUUAUCAUACUCAGUCGAAUGAAAUAUUAUACAUUUUCUUGUCUUACGUAAUAAUAAACUUGUUCAAUGUUAAGUUACUUGUUAACAUAAUAUUGACUUUUGUAAACAGCUUUUCCCUCUUUGUGUAUUUAAUAGUAGGUAUCUAGAUUAUGGAACGGUACAAUAACAAGUUAUGCAGAAUUUCGUCACAGUAAAUACAUCUUUACUCUGACUUCGUAUCGUUUAUCUAAUCUUACGAGUAUAAUACAAAUUUUGCAUAUAUAUACCUAUUCGUGCUGGAAUAGCGACCCCUUACUAGAAAGCGCUUAAGAGUGUUGGUCGACCUUCCACCAGGUGUACCUACAGACGACAUCAAGCGAGCUGUAGGAUUCGCUGAAUGCAAAUGGCUCGGGAUCGUAAUGUUCAAACGUCCCUGUAAAAGGCAAAAAAAGUAUAAAGUCCUGAUAGCCCAGUGGAUAUGCCCUCUGCCGCAGAUUUCGUAGGGUGUGGGUUCAAAUCCGGUCCGGGGCAUGCACCUCCAACUUUUCAGUUGUGUGCAUUUUAAAAAAUUAAAUAUCACGUGAAGGUGAUUUUAAAUUUCAUAAAACGGUGAAGGGAAAACAUUGUGAUCUUUGCGUGUGUGAAGUCUGCCAAACUAUUGACUAUUGGCCUAGCCCCUCUCAUUCUGAGAGGAGACUUGAGCUCAGCAGUGAGCGGAAUAUGGGUUGAUAAUGAUAAAAGGCAAAGGCCUUUUAUAAGUACUAUGGUUAUAGGUAUCUAAGACCCUUAAAAUUUUGCAGAUUUUCAUAAUUCUUAAAUAUAAGUGUUUAUUAAAACAAACAGUUCAAAGUGAAUGGUUAUUAAAAGGAUUGUCCAAGGCAAGUUAACAAAGCAACUUUACAAGUUGCAUUUCAAUGAUUCUAAUUUUAUACGCGGUAAGGUCGAUAAUAAUUACAUUAAUUAAAUUUACAGGCGUCUUUGCGAGCUAUGGUGACAAUAUUUUUCCUAACAUGACUUACGAGCCUAUUGCAUGAUUUGACGUCACAAAGGUAUGUAAAAUAUUGCAGUUAAAAUGGUAUAUAAAGUGCAGUUGUCUAGAAAUCAGCAUCAGUUUGUAAACUAAUAGCAUCCGAUACUACAAUGUUGAAACUCGUGGUUUUAUCUGUUUUGCUGUCCGUGGUGGUUGCUGACCCCAGCGCAGUGUGGGGUGCUGGUUACGCACCCUUGGCCGCUGGGUGGGGUGCACCCUGGGCUGCUGGAGUCUCAGGCCACUGGGCUGCACCGAUAGCUGCUCCUCUCGCCGCUCCAGUUGCCGCAGUCGCUGUUGGGGGUCACGGACACUGGCUGAAGAAGAGGUCUGUCGUUGCUCCCUGGGCCGCCGCUCCCUUGGUCGCCGCCCCCGGUGUAGGCGCGUGGGGUCACGCUGCUAGAUGGGCGGCCCCCGCUCACGUCGCCGUCGCCGCUGCCCCCUGGGGUGUCGCUCACGGUGCUCGUUGGGGACACCUUUGGUGAAGCUCAUCCGGACUACACUAGAAUUUUAUGAAUAAACGAAUGGAAAUUUUAUAA